ACAGCUGGGGAAGCCUCACAAGACUCAGGUGUGGCAGCAGGGCAGAGAGAGGUGGGCUCGGCAGCUCCUACUGCUUGAGGCUGCGGAGGGGCUGUGUGCUCUGUGCGGGAGCAAUCCCAGCUCUGCCAGCCAGGCUGCGUGCUCCCAGCCCCUGGCGCUGCUGCCACCUGCUCUGCCCUUUGCUCAGACACCAGCAGGAAGCUCCCCGACAGGGAAUAUGAACCUUGAGGGCCACAAUCAAAAAUGAAAAGCAAACACAAGCCCGAGUUCUGUGGUUUGCUGCACCUUUUGCCAGUACUGAAGAGAUAACAAAGGAAUGGAAAUCCCCUAAGGAGGACACAGCAAGUCGGUGACAGCACCUGGAAUAAAUAGUUAUGUCAUGCCCAGACCACCAAAGGACUCCAUGAGGAUUUAUAGAAGAUGCCCCGUGCCUUGGCGCCUCUGGUGCUCCUUCUGCUCUGGCUGAUGAAGGUUGCUGCCAGCCCCCAUUCCCUGAGGAUUGCUGCCAUCCUGGAUGACCCCAUGGAGUGCAGCAGAGGGGAGAGGCUCUCCAUCACUCUCGCCAAGAACCGCAUCAACCGCACGCCCGAGCGGGUGGGGAAAGCCAAAGUGGAAGUGGACAUCUUUGAGCUGCUGCGAGACAGCGAGUAUGAGACAGCAGAAACCAUGUGCCAGAUUCUCCCAAAAGGGGUGGUAGGCGUCCUGGGACCUUCCUCAAGCCCAGCCUCGAGCUCCAUUAUCAGCAAUAUCUGUGGGGAAAAAGAGGUUCCUCAUUUCAAGGUGGCGCCAGAGGAGUUCAUGAAGCUGCAGCUCCAGCGGUUCACCACCCUCAACCUCCAUCCCAGCAACACUGAUAUCAGCGUGGCCGUGGCAGGAAUCCUGAAUUUCUUUAACUGCACCACUGCCUGCCUCAUCUGUGCCAAAGCUGAAUGUAUUUUAAACCUCGAGAAGCUGCUGCGGCAGUUCCUCAUUUCCAAGGACACUCUCUCGGUGCGGAUGCUGGAUGACAGCAGGGAUCCCACCCCUCUGCUGAAGGAGAUCAGAGAUGACAAAACAGCUACUAUCAUUGUCCAUGCCAAUGCUUCCAUGUCCCACACCAUCCUGCAGAAGGCAGCUGAGCUGGGAAUGGCGUCUGCCUAUUACACGUAUAUCUUCACUAAUCUGGAGUUCUCUCUCCAGCGCCUGGACAGCCUGCUGGAUGACAGAGUCAACAUCCUGGGAUUUUCCAUUUUCAACCAGUCUCAUGCUUUCUUCCAAGAGUUUGUCCAGAGCCUCAACCAGUCCUGGCAGGAGAACUGUGACCACGCUCCUUUUACUGGGCCAGCACUCUCUUCUGCCCUGCUGUUCGAUGCUGUGUAUGCUGUGGUGACUGCCGUGCAGGAGCUGAACCGCAGCCAGGAGAUCGGAGUGAAGCCUUUGUCCUGUGGCUCUGCCCAGAUCUGGCAGCACGGCACCAGCCUGAUGAACUACCUGAGAAUGGUAGAAUUGGAAGGCCUCACCGGCCACAUCGAAUUCAACAGCAAAGGGCAGAGGUCCAACUACGCCCUGAAGAUCCUGCAGCACACACGCAGCGGCUUCCGGCAGAUUGGCCACUGGCACGUGUCUGAAGGACUCAGCAUGGACAACAGGAUCUUCUCCUCCAACAUAUCAGACAGUCUGUUCAACACCACCCUCAUUGUCACCACCAUCCUGGAAAACCCUUACUUAAUGCUGAAGUGGAACCACCAGGAGCUGGAAGGCAACGACCGCUACGAGGGCUUCUGCGUGGACAUGCUGAAGGAGCUGGCGGAGAUCCUGCGCUUCAACUACAAGAUCCACCUGGUUGGGGAUGGUGUCUAUGGAGUCCCCGAGGCCAAUGGCACAUGGACAGGAAUGGUUGGGGAGCUGAUUGCUCGGAAAGCCGAUUUGGCCGUGGCAGGGCUGACGAUCACUGCGGAGCGGGAGAAGGUGAUUGACUUCUCUAAGCCAUUCAUGACCUUGGGCAUUAGCAUUCUCUACCGAGUUCAUAUGGGCCGCAAACCUGGCUACUUCUCCUUCCUGGAUCCUUUUUCCCCCGGUGUCUGGCUCUUCAUGCUGCUCGCCUACCUGGCUGUCAGCUGCGUCCUCUUCUUGGUGGCUCGACUGACACCCUACGAGUGGUACAGCCCUCACCCCUGCUCCCAAGGCAGGUGCAACCUCCUGGUGAAUCAGUACUCUCUAGGCAACAGCCUGUGGUUUCCAGUCGGAGGAUUCAUGCAGCAAGGCUCCACCAUUGCCCCCCAGGCACUCUCCACCCGCUGUGUCAGUGGAGUCUGGUGGGCAUUCACCUUGAUCAUCAUCUCGUCCUACACGGCCAACCUGGCAGCCUUCCUCACGGUGCAGCGCAUGGACGUCCCCAUCGAGUCAGUGGACGACCUGGCUGACCAGACAGCCAUCGAGUACGGCACCAUUCACGGCGGCUCCAGCAUGACCUUCUUCCAAAACUCCCGCUACCAGACCUACCAGCGCAUGUGGAACUACAUGUACUCCAAGCAGCCCAGCGUCUUCGUCAAGAGCACGGAGGAGGGGAUCGCGCGGGUGCUGAACUCCAACUACGCCUUCCUGCUGGAGUCCACCAUGAACGAGUAUUACCGUCAGCGCAAUUGCAACCUCACCCAGGUCGGGGGCCUUCUGGACACCAAGGGCUACGGGAUUGGCAUGCCCGUCGGCUCCGUGUUUCGCGACGAGUUUGACCUGGCCAUUCUGCAGUUGCAAGAGAACAACCGCCUGGAAAUCCUGAAGAGGAAGUGGUGGGAAGGAGGCAAAUGCCCCAAAGAGGAGGACCACAGAGCCAAAGGCUUGGGAAUGGAGAAUAUUGGUGGAAUCUUCGUGGUUCUCAUCUGUGGCUUAAUCGUAGCAAUUUUUAUGGCAAUGCUGGAGUUCUUGUGGAGCCUGCGGCACUCUGAACAGUCAGAGGUGUCGGUGUGCCAAGAAAUGGUGACAGAGCUGCGCAACAUCAUUCUCUGCAAGGACAGUUUCCACCCUCGUCGGAGGCGAGGGGCAAUGGUACGGACUCGCCCCGGAGUUAUCCCGGAGGAGCGCCGAGCCCGCAGCACAACCACGCUCAGCAACGGGAAGCUGUGCAGUGGGGGCGAGCCAGAUCCCCUGGCGCAAAGACUGGCACAAGAAGCCGCCCUGGUUGCCCGAGGCUGCACGCACAUCCGGGUGUGCCCCGAGUGCCGCAGGUUUCAGGGCCUGCGGGCACGGCCGUCCGCGGGCUCCCCCGCGCAGAGCGAAGAGAGCCUGGAGUGGGAGAAGACCACCAACAGCAGCGAGCCCGAGUAACGCUGGCGCUUCGGGGGGGGCGCCGAGGUGGGCCGAGAGGGUCCUGUUCCAUUUUACAGAACAUGGACUUGUACAAUGUCAACCCGGUUUUAAAUUCAAAGCAGUUACCCAGCUUCUCCAGAGCAAGGCGGACCUCGGGGCUGCGGCAGGCCUGGCCAGAGGGUCGGCUUUGGGUUCGGUGUCCAAGCGGACGCAGGUUUGGCCGGAGCUCGGCGUGGCAGGAGCAAGCUCCUCCAGCUGGCCUGUCCCCAGCGGUUGUCUCGGUGCCACUGAGCUGCUCCGAGGUGGGGAAGGAGGGAUGCGUUGGGUAACAGGUGUAGCAGACGCUGCCCACCUAGGGGCGAGAGUGGUUCUUGGGACUUCUCGGCCCCCCAGAGCAGGAGAAAGGACGCUGGUGCUGUCUCCCCAUCACGCAGACUUAGCAGGGGAUGUUCUCAGAGGGCAGGGGGAGGGUAUUUUUAUUUGCUGUGGAUAAGGGAGGGGAAGGGAGGAGCCAUUAUUUUGUUUCACUUCAUUUAGGGUAUGUCAGGACCUAGUCUCCGAGGCACCAGGUUUCAGGUGCUGAACUCUUCGUCCUAUUCAGAGUGUGGCAGGUGGACCGAGGGGGAAGAGUGGAACACAGUCCCCAUGAGAAGCAGCAUUUGCUGACAGUCCAUCUGAGGAGUCCUUAAAGUAUGUGUGUGUGUGUAUAUAUAUAUGACUAUAUAUAUAUAUGCAUUGAGAGAUAUAUAUUAAAAUGCCAAAAAGAAACCCAACCAACGACCGGAGGGAACUCCAAGAGGCCUUGCACCGCCUGGCAUUUCAGGGGUUCUGUGUCUUGUCUUUAGUUGUGGGGUUAUUUUUGCCUAUUUUUUUCCUUUCUGUUUUUGGGAUGCGGGUUGGGGAGCCCUUGGAGGCAGGUGAGGUGGGAGCAGGGGAGAGUGGGGAGCGCUGGGGAAGGCUGCCCUUCCUGCCAGCUGAGGCAGGUGGCAUUUGCUGCCCGCUGGCGCUCCCCAAAGCAUCCCCGGCCAGCGCUCUGCACGCUCCUGAGAAACCAACUCCGAGCUCUGCUCCAGGCUCGCAGCCUCCCCUUGUCUGUAACCCAUGGAGCACCCUCCCCGUGCAGGGUGACCUUACAGCCCGUGUCUAGCAGCAACGAUGCCACCCAGCAUUUGAGAACACCAUUAGCCCGGGAUCUCUGAUGUAAGGAAAAUAUUUACUUCCCUAGCAACAAGAGCAGCUCACCCUCUGCUUGGCACAGAUGUGGGUUUCACAUUGAGGAGUCGAAUUUUCUGAUUGAAAAACAAAUUCUAUGCAAUUUCUGAUUGUCAAAGGAAAGAGAUGGCAAUGGAGAGGGGCAGGGGAGAUGAAGCCUUGAGUGAAGGUACAUCCUGUUCUUGAAUUGUUUUCUCUUUUUUUUUUUCUUCUUUUUCUUUUUGUUUUUUUUUGUCUUGAAUGUACUGAAAUAAAAGAUGUCCUUGUAUAAU